UUGAGCUGGGGGGUCUCCGCCAGCGAGCGGCGGCUGCGGGGGGGGGUUUAGCCCUGGGACCACCCGGGAUGCUGCUCGCCGGGGGGGUCUGGGCAGCUUUUCCACCCCAAAGUGGGUGCAGAAAGGGGUCCGGCACCCCGUUUCCUUCCCAGGCUCUGCGAUGAGCUGCGCUUGCCCCCGCUUGCCGCACUGACCUGCCGAGGUGGAUUUUUCCAGGGAAAAGCGUCCGGGUACGGCUGGGGCGGGCUGCUUAAACAUUUACCCGGAGCAGCGUCUCGCGGAGCCCGGCAGCGGGGCACGAAACCGGGCCGGUUUGGGAGGGGACGGGGCAGCCUCUCUGCCCGCGUCGCUGGUUUUUUAGUAAAUCUGCAGAAAGCUAAUGAGAGCUCGAAUGCCUUUUGGUUGGACCUUGGCAUCAGCACCGAGCUUCAGCUGCUGCCCUUCCUAUCGGAGUCGUAAGUCAGUCUUGGUCCUGCCUCCACGGUGGAUAUUUAUGUUAGGAGAGUGUUUCAUUUCUAGGGAGAAAAUACAGAAAGUUUAGCUGUCCCCUGACUCCCAAAUAGUCACCGCUUUCCGGCCAGAGAAGAUAUACCGGGGUCCUGGUAACGUAUGGAGAUGAACUGAGUAGCCUUCACCAGUGUUCAUUGCCCAGACCGGGAGAUGCUUUUGCUGUCCCUCCGCACCGUGGGGUGGGACAGGAGGCCCGCUGCCGCCACCAGUCCGGCAUUCCCCUGCUCCGCUCUCCAAGCAUUUCCCCGUCCCUGCUCCCUUGCCUGUAUCAGCAGAGGUUUGUAGGACCUUUUUGUGGCAGGAGCCAAGCUGACCCGCUGCUGCUGUUCUUGGGGAGCCCCAUCGCCCUGCAGGGCACCAAACCCCCCGGCUCCUGCUAUUGCCGGUCGAUGACUCUGAAGCUGCCCGUGAGAGCAGGGGAAGGGCUUCUGCCGACGUUGCCGGGAAGGCGUGACUGACUUCAGAGCCCUCCGCGCAAAAUUUCAGAAUGACGCCAACUUUUCCAAGCAGCUGGUGCAGCCGCCCAAGAAGCUGGUGCUGCCGCCCACAGAUGCCAUGCACAAGCUGGGCCCUGAAAUUAAAGACGCUUCCAGUUCUCUGUCCUUCAAUAUGAGAGAAGUGAUAAUAUUAAAAGCUAAGAAUGAACCUUUCCCUCCUACUUCUCAACCCUCUGCACUAGUCCAGGGCAAACCUUUGGUGCAGCCGAGAGCCAGGCUUGGUAAGGCGGAUCCAAGGGGGAAGAAUGAAGAGCAGAAAGGCAACCUCUUGGAGGAAGGAGUGAACUUCUCCAAGAACAGUUCACAAAAGCCUCAACCACCCUAUUGCACUGACCAGCAAGAAUCAGCCCGAACAGAUCCAGAGGCUGCUCCAUCCCGCAGCUCCUUCCAACUUGCCCUACAGAUGUGGGAAAGUGCUUUAUCCCAGAGUGAGAAAGCUGGUGCGGCACUCCCACCCCAACGGAGAACAAACAUUUACGUGCAACCUUGCCCGGAGCUGAGGGCAACGGGUGCUCCGGCUGUGCCGGACGGCGGCAAAAUGAGAACGGCUCGAAGCGAGCAAGCGCUGGACUUCCCUGCGCAGCAGAAGGAUGCUCUGCGUGGCGGUGGGCUGGCUGCUUCCCAGGCCCCAUCUAUGCCCCGUCUGCCCAGAAGGUGCAGGAGCUCUGACCAACUAGCUGCCGAAAGCACUGCUGCAACCAGCUUCUGCCAGCCAGGCUAUGACGUGCAGCUGCCAAGGGAGUUCCCUCAAUGCCAGAAAGCAGAGUCGGAGCCUCCCUUCUAUGAAUCUGGAGCAGGAAAAGCAUCUGACACUCGGCGUAGCAAGCUGCCAAAAAUUAAACCACUUCCCUCGGUUGAAUCCCUCGGUCCUGCCCCCGCGAAGCCUGCGAGACCCCUGAAAGUUGAUCUCGGUGCUUUCCAAAGCACGGUGCCUUCUGUCCGCAGAGGAAAUGAAAGAACUGCCGCGGAGGAGGAUUACUUGACUCCUGAAAGUGCUGAACUGGAAGAGCAGCAUAAUUAUGAAGACACGACGUUGUACCUGAAUCAGCCUGGGGACUCCGCAACCUUGUCUGCCAGUCAAGCACCUGAGCGAGAGCCUCCAGAGCACGACAAGAAGCAGAAGAGUUUUCUCUUUGCCAAAUCCAGUCCUGCAAGAGAGGUAGAGGAUGAAAAUGAGGAAAAACCAAGUCUUGAAAGAGAGAAACAGCAAGCGAAGAAAAUAUUCAAGACAGGCGGAAGCGACUACGUGACUCACAGAGCCCAACCCAAGGAAGAUGGUAGAGGUGGGAAGAAGGUGCCGCAAGUGAAGCAAGGAGAUGUGCCUAAAGCCCAGGCUAUGAAACAUGCUACCCUGCAAGGGCUGGCGAAAGAUGGAGCAGAACGCUUACGCUACAUGCAUGUAGGUGCUCCAAAACCAGCUGAAGAAGGAACAGCCUUGAGCCAAGACACCGGGCAGCCUCUGCAGUCAUCGGAGGAGCUGUAUGAUGAUGUCGAGGGAUUGCAAAGCAGACUCCACGCUUCAGAGGCCUCAAGUUCGUUGGCUCCAGACAGCAUUUCAGGAAACUAUGAAGAAACAUAUGAUGAUGUUGAGCCUGGGGGUGAUAAUCCAGCAAAAGUGGAGGCAGAAAAGCAAAAGAGAUUUGGAAGCAUGUUUAAGAUAGAAAAAUUUAAACUGAAGCAUACCAGGUUCAAGGAAAACUUUAGAUUGUCUUCCAGUUCGGUACCAAAUUUAGCCGCUCUCUCGCAGGAGGACACGUACGAUGACGUGGAGACAGGGCAGACGGAGCCGAGAGAGAAGGAGGACAAACACAGAACCUGGAAGCCAAGAUUUCUGAUGUCAAAAGAGGAUAAGGACCGAAGGAAAAGCAGCGAAGAUGUGGAAAGAAGUAUCUUCAAAGUCAACAAGGGCAGCGCAGAGAAGAGCAAGAAGAUGUCAAAAGAAGAAAAGUUGUUCAGAGAAACAUUUAUGUACAAUAAGGAGAUCAGCGUCAUCAACACCGCAGUGGCCCAGUGCUCGGUCCCGAGUAAGCGGCGAGUUGAUCUGCCCGUCACAGCUGGGGAGCAGCUGGACGUUAUCGAUACCACGGAAGGCAACGAAGUGAUUUGCCGCAACGCAGAGGGCAGAUAUGGGUAUGUUCUGGUGGAGCAUUUGAACUUCAGGCACUACUGCCUGCCCCCAGCACCGGUGUCCUCCCGCGGAGCAUCCCUGGAUUUGGAUCCCUGGAGCACUGCGUGACCGCGGGAGCCAGUUUGCCAACCGUGGAGAGCUCACAGGAAUGUAAAUAAAGUUUUAUUUUUACACUUACACAGUUAAA